UUUUUUUUGCUAGAGAAAAAAAGCAAAACGUUUGUUGUGUGUGAAAAAAAACUAAUUUCAGAAAUAUUUUUAUAAAAUUAUCCUAGAAAAAUGGGUCGUGCAGAAGUGGGAACUCCCAAAUACUUGGCCAAUAAAAUGAAGGCCAAGGGUUUGCAAAAAUUACGCUGGUACUGUCAAAUGUGCGAAAAACAGUGUCGAGACGAGAAUGGUUUCAAGUGUCACACCAUGAGUGAAAGCCAUCAACGACAAUUGCUGCUCUUUGCCGAUUGUCCAGGCAAAUUCCUGCACAAUUUCUCGCAAGAGUUCUCGGAUGGCUAUAUGGAAUUGUUGAGAAGACGCUUUGGUACCAAACGGGUCAAUGCCAAUAAGGUUUAUCAGGAAUAUAUAGCCGAUAAAGAUCAUGUUCAUAUGAACUCUACACGCUGGCUAACACUUUCGGACUAUGUCAAAUGGCUGGGACGUACGGGCCAGGCCAUAGCCGAUGAAACGGAAAAGGGAUGGUUUGUCACCUACAUCGAUCGCAGUCCCGAGGCCUUGGAACGCCAGUCGAAGGCAGAGAAAAAAGAAAAAAUGGAAAAAGAUGAUGAGGAGCGUAUGAUGGAGUUUAUCGAAAAACAAAUAGAGAAAAAUAAAAGCAAAGAUGAUAACGAAACAGAAGAAAAAGAAAAAUAUACUGAAUUAAAACGAGAUGAAGAUCAACCUUUAAAGUUAGACAUUAAAUUAGAAAAGAAAUUUCAACCGGAAUCUAAAUUGGGUACCUCAGCUCUACUGAAAAAACGUAUUAAAGAGGAAGAGCAAGAUUCUGAUGCUGAAGAAGAUUCAGAUGGCUUUAAAAAACCUAAAUCUAUAAAAUUGGAAACCAAACGUAAAGAUAAAGAUUCUUCGGCUGCUCCAAAAUCAGCUUUAGAUGAAAUUAUUAAAAUGGAGGAAGAGAAAAAGGAGAAAACUAAUCGUAAAGACUAUUGGCUGCACGAGGGUAUAGUGGUGAAAUUCAUAAGCAAAUCAUUGGGUGAAAAAUUCUAUAAACAAAAAGCUGUAGUACAGGAGGUUAUUGACAAAUAUCGAGCCAAAGUGAAAUUUUUGGAAACAGGGGAAAAAGUUAAAGUGGAUCAGGCUCACUUGGAGACAGUUAUACCUGCCUUGGAUAAGCUUGUUUUGGUGGUUAAUGGCGCCUAUCGUGGCUGUGAGGCGGUGCUAAAGAAAUUGAAUGAAAAAAACUAUUGUGUUACAGUGGAAAUUUCUAGAGGUCCUCUAAAGGGACGUAUAGUGGACAAAGUACAAUAUGAAGAUAUAUCAAAACUUUAUUAAAUAGAUAAUAUUUGUGUAAAUAGUUUUAUAAGAAUUUAAAAAAUAAAAAUAUAAAUAAAA